AAUUCCUAGACGGAGUCUUCAGUGAUGUUUCUGGACAGCUGGUUUUGCUCUUCUGUUUUUUCAUAAUCUAAGUUACAUCUUGCCCAUUAUAGCAUUUAUUACCGACUGUGGGGGACUGAUUUUUUCGUCUCAGCUCCUGGGUCUGUUGGGGAAACUGUGUCAUGUCCAUCUCUGAUGAAUCUCUUGCCAUGGAGAUGCAGAAUGAUGGAGAUGGUAACAAAAUAAACAUUUUACGGGAGAGUGGGAGAACUCCCCAAAUGUUGUUGCGAUAUCUAAGGUUCAUUAAGGUUUUGUUAAAUCAAUAGAUGGGCGUGCUGCUAAGCCGCAGAGAGAUCACAUUCUCCUGAGACCUGUGACUUUUGGCCGGCCUUUCCAGUCUGUGAGAAAGCUGGCCCGGCGCCUCCUUGGCAGGGCGCUCCCGUUGCCGUAGAAACCGCAGGGUGGUCACGUGAGGCAGGAAGUGCAGUGUGCACUUCCGGCUGACGUCGGAGCCGCAGGCCGCCCGGAAGUUGUGGUCGGGGAGCGGCACAUGGCCGCCGGCUGACGGGAUGCCGCUUGUCGUGUUGUGCGGGCUCCCAGCCAGCGGCAAGAGCCGGCGUGCGGAGCAGCUGCGCGCGGCGCUGGCGGCCGAGGGCCGCGCGGUGCACGUGGUGGACGACGCCUCGGUGCUGGGGGCAGAGGACGCGGCCGCGUACGGCGACUCGGCCCGCGAGAAGGCGCUGCGCGGCGCCCUGCGGGCCUCGGUGGAGCGGCGUCUGAAUCGCCACGACGUGGUCAUCCUGGACUCGCUGAACCACAUCAAGGGCUUCCGCUACGAGCUCUACUGCCUGGCGCGGGCGGCGCGCACCCCUCUCUGCCUGGUCUACUGCGUGCAGCCGGGGCGCGGCGGCCGGGCAGCUCCGGAGCCGGGCGCGGGGGUCCAGGGGAGCUGCAGCCGGGGCGCCCCGGGCAGCUGGCGGCCGCGCGCCGAGGAGGUGAACGGGGGACCCACGGCGGCGAGCUCCGGGCGGGACGUGCCGACGGAGCUGAAGGACACGUCGGCCCUCGGGACCCCGGAGGCCAAGCCGUCCCCAGAGCCUGUGACCGGCACCCUGGAGGACUUAGCGCUGCGCUUUGAAGCCCCCGACUCCCGGAACCGCUGGGACCGGCCCUUGUUCACCGUGGUGGGCCUGGAGGAGCCGUUGCCCUUGGCGGAGAUCCAAGCCGCCCUGUUUGAGAACCGGGCCCCCCCACCCCACCAGUCCACGCAGUCCCAGCCCCUCGCCUCGGGCAGCUUUUUGCACCAGCUGGAUCAGGUCACCAGUCAGGUGUUGACCGGCCUGAUGGAAGCGCAAAAGAGCGCCGUUCCUGGGGACUUGCUUACGCUUCCCGGCACCACGGAGCAGCUGCUGUUUACCCGGCCCUGGACUCUGGCCGAACUGAGUCGCCUCCGUCGUCAGUUUAUUUCCUACACCAAAAUGCAUCCGAACUAUGAGAACCUGCCCCAGCUGACAAACAUGUUUCUUCAGUAUCUGAGUCGGAGCCUGCGCUAAGUCCGAGGGGACCAGGGGAGAAGCCUGGGUCCCGUGGAGCGUCGGCUUUGCUCCGUUGCCAGGGACUAGAGACUUCUGACUGCCCGGCCCGGCCCCGCCCCAAGGGGGUUGACAGCCACGCAGAGAAUGGAGAGCUAGGCGAGAGAAUCCGCGCUCAGGUGGACAACGUCGGCUCCAAUUGGAUUCUUGGGGAUGGCUCAGACAGCUGACCUGCUGCAGCUGCCAUGUGCGAGCGCCGACUGGGUCAUUGAGGUUUUGAACAGAAACUGAAGCGCAGACAGAUCUGUGUGUACACUGUUGUUUCCUUCAUGCAGUUUUUAAAUUCUGUACUUGCUUUUCACUAGUCUCUAUCUUCACACUGGGUUCAAAGUUGAAUCCAUUGGUUUCUACCCUUAGGAAGUUUUGGUUUUUGUGAAAAUGGAACUAAAUUAUUUCUUUUAAUAAAAAUGUUUGAAAGUAGAACGUUGUAAUAACCGUUCCACUUGGCAUUUAACCUAAUGUAGUAGUUGGAUGAGCUGUAGUGUUAUUUGCAUUUGAUGGGAGUCGAAUUUGCUUGUUC